AUGAUCGCUGCCCGAACCAACACCCCUCAGCGGCAGACCAUUCUGCCGGGAUACUUUGCAGGCGAGCCCCAGUUGUCUCGUGGCAAGUCGACCAGCUGCUUCGUGUACACCCGGUGCAUUCGCGGCUCAAGAGUUAAGCUGCGGCCCUGUGUUGUUCAGCCGUUUUGCCUGUUGAUCGCCCAAGCUCGAAUGGCGCCAAUGGAGGAGGCAGCGUCACCUUUGGUGUUGCCCACACGCCCAUUCCAACCAGCCUGGCUGAUCGGAUUGCCGAAGGCAAAGGAAAUCAUGGGAGUGGAGGCCCAGAAGUCUGCCAUGGCAUACAAGCACCACCAGGAAGCCAAGACGAAAGGUGCGGAAAUCAACGCGGAUACGAUCAACAAGGUCGGAGACUUGUCUCGGCUUCUUGCCUUCCAACCUCAGUACAAGGCGCUGCUGAGGGCACGACCGGACGUUGCUCAGGGUGAGUUGGUGCGGGUUACGGAUUGGAAAUUGUUGACCCCCGACAACUAUGACCGCACCUGCUUCCACAUUGAGGUUGAUGUCAAAGGAACUGGCCUGGAACAUUUGGUCAAUGGCAGCAUGGGGAAAGCUCUGUCCGUCUACGCACUGAAUCCUGCAGACAAGGUAACCGAGUUCCUGACGAAAAUGAAGCUCGAUCCUGAUGAGCUAGUGUCGGUGGAAGACAUCGCGCCGCAAUCUGAAGACGGGACCGUCGUGGUCACGACAGUGUACAAGCUCUUCUCUCAGUACUUGGAUUUGUUCGGGAAACCGAGCCGCGAGUUCUUGAAGAAACUUUUCCCCUUUGCACAGGAUAUCAUGGAGAAGGUUGCCAUUGCAGAACUGACGCUGGAAAGGAAGACCGAAGAUUUUUUGGAUCGCCAAGCAAGGGCUUACACUUAUGCCGAUUACAUCCUCGAGUAUCCGUCGCUCAAGAUUCCGGCCAGCAGCUUACAGCAAGGAGUAAUAAUGAGUUCUUCUGCCUCCAACUUCAAUGCCUCGGUGGAGAAGUAUGUCGAGCUGCUGCCGACCAUUAAGCAGCGCGUGUACUCGAUUUGCUCCUCCAGUGACUUCCGGCCCGGCAAAUGCCAGCUGCUGGUUGUUCGCGAAGACUGGCAAGCGAAAGGUGGUGAUACCAAGUUUGGCUUGUGCUCCAGCUUCAUGACCUUCCUCAGGCCUGGGGCCAUCUGCAUUGCCCAUGCGACCCACUCUGUGAUGCAGAUCCCUGAGGAUAAGUCUGCUCCGAUCUUCAUGGCUGGCUUGGGGACGGGCCUCGCGCCUUUCCGAGCUUACAUCGAGCAGCGCAAGCACGAGAAGUCACAAGGGGCCCGAGUGGGUCCCAUGACUUUGUUCUUCGGUGGCCGGCACAAGAAGGCCGAGUUCUACUACCAAGAUGAGAUGGAGGCUUACGAGAAGGAGGGCCUUGUAAAAUGUUGCAACGCCUGGUCCCGUGACCAGAAGGAAAAGGUGUACGUCCAGCACAAAAUCAUGGAGGAAGCGGCUAACAUUUGGCAGCACCUUGGCAGGGAAGGCUCCAAUGGAUACUUCUUCCUGUGUGGGUCGAAGCAGCCCGAGAAGGACGUUUUUGCCGCACUUGUGAAGAUCAUGGAGACGAAGGGAGGUCUCACGAACGAGCAGGCCCACAAGAAGAUGGAGAGCCUGCAGCUUGCUGGCCGGUAUGCCAGGGCCACUGCUAUAUGGUCACGGAAGUCUACUGAUCUGACGAUGCAGAGCACAUGUUCGCAUUGGCAUAGCUGCGCACACACUGACGAAGGUGUCACUCGAAAGCGCUUGACAAGCGCAUACUUGCAGAGGGCUGGCGAGUCAAAGUUGGCAGCGGGUUUGCCAAAGAGGGCAGACUCAGGCUCCUGCAGAUUUUGGUGGCCGUCCAUGGAUGUGCAAAAGACCGCUGGUGAAACUUGGUCUGCGGCAGCAUGUGGCGAGCAUGGGUUGCAGACAGUUGAAUGGGCUAUGGGUGCAACCUCCUCUACCGAGUCCACUGCAGAUACAACAAAGAAGAGGUCGAAAGGGAAGAGCUCAAAGAAAAAAGCGGCUGCAGAACUCCCUGACGGAAAGGGCAGCUCGGAGAGACCCGAAGAGCCGGAUGCAGAGGAUCUGCAACCCGUCCUUCCAGAACAUCUUCCAGAGCUUUCCCAGACUCUGGGCCCGGAGUGGCCGGAAGGAUGUCCUGAGCCUAGAGCCAAAGUGCCCCCUGCGAGACCUGAAAGCGAGGGACUCGAGGCGCAGAAGACAUUGCCGCUGCCGGACACGCACUUCGAGACAACUCCGUCCGUAGAAGGUGAGGCUUACGACAACUUCGAGCUGGAAGCUCACGACAACUUCCCAGAAACGCGAGAGCGGGAGUCGUUCGGAGUUUUCGGGUUCUUGCCCGCGAAGAAGGACCUGCAGAGCAGCGCCUCCUACCGCAUCCCUGCAAGGGGGCACCGAAAAUCCAAUGUCCACUCGUCGCAAGCGCUCCGAGUACGACUUCUUCGAGUUAGUGUUCCGCAGCAGAGCACGGGCUUGCCAGGAGAUUUGGCAGAUCUGUAUGUGAAGCUUCGGCUUGGACCCCAAAGCUUUCGCACCCCUUGCAUUGAGAAUGGUCAGAUGGUGGUUGAUGGGAAUGACUUCACAUUUCAGUUGGUUCACGACAGCCUGCAGUUUGAGGUCAUGAGGGUAAGCGCGUUUAGGGAUGAACUGCUGUGUAAAGUGUCUGUGGAAUUGGGCCGGCAUAAUCUCGUGGCUGGCGAGUGGCGGCGGCAACGGCUCCCAACUCCAGAAAGAAGUGGCGAAGUAGAGGUUGAGCUUCUACUGGGUACAGCGGUUGAAGUGGCAGAACAUGAGGCAGAACCAAAGAAAACGGCAGCUGCGGAGGAGGAGCUUGAGUACCAAGUGGGGCCUCGCAUGUUCCAGCCAAAAGCCCAUGCAUUGCCAUGGGAAGGUGUUCGGGUGUUGGAAGUUACCCGCCGAACAUGGACUGCCGCACUCUGCGGCCAGAUGAUGGCUGCAUCCGGUGCUGAGGUCAUUCGUGUAGCUUUCGGAGAGGAGGCACUUCUUGCGCGAAAGAAAGGAAACGCCCCUAAGAGGCCACUGAGAUCGACGGAUACAGAUAGCUUGGAGAAGUCAAAGGCCAAUCUGGUGCCACGGCAGCUCCACGUGGGUAAACGUCUUGCCCCUCUCCACCCCGAAGAUCCCGAAGAAAUGGCUCUUCUCCGAUCGGACCUCUUGACUGGUUGCAACGUCUUCCUCACAGAUCUUCCAGCAGAUGAGCUGGAGGACAUGCAACUCAGCGCACAGACUCUGCGAAGCAGGUUCCCGCACUUGAUUUACAUACAUACCUCCUGCAUCGGGAUGCUUGCAGAUGUCGCCAAGAAGGGAGUAAACGAUGCCGGCGCAUUCUUUUGCUUGUCGGGAAUGGCCGAGCAGCUAGGACAUUUUCUGGGCCCGGCUGGCUUUGCAGCAGCAGUCUCGGCCUCCGCCUUGUUUGGAGUUGCAUGCAUGGCGGUGAUGCGUCGGCGGUGUGGCAGUCCCGGAGACCGAGUUGAGAUGAGCAUUUUCAGGGCAGGACGAUGGUGUGCAGCUCUUGGUGCUCUGACUGGAUGGCACAAGCCACAGCAGCCUGAUUUGCGGUUUUUCGUGGAGCCAGACACAAAGAAGAUGCUGGCGACGCCAUUCGACGUCGAAGGUGUGGCGCACAUCCGACCGGCGAUCAGGUCAUCGCAGCCCGACGCACACAUCAGAUGGACUGUCAAGGAUCCAGCAUCGCUGAUGCCUGGUGUAAUGCAAGGCUGUCCAAUUUCGUCUGAAUUACCACUGGCACGGGUUUCGGUCAUUGAGAUCAGCGACGAGUAUCAAGUCUCCGCUUCUGCAGUCGGGGCGCUCCUGGCCGACUUAGGCGCUCGCGUAACGAAGUUGGAGCGACCGCAGAGACCAGACCCUUGGAAGAGAACCUGUCCCCAGCUCUACCAAGACUUGACGGCCAGAAAGAGUGUGAGCGUGGUGAACUAUUCGGGAGUGGGAGGGGUUGAUGCCAGGGGGGACCCGGUGCCAGGACAAGCAGCUUUAUACAGGACAUUAGCUCAAGCGACGAUUCUAGUCACAAACUUGCCGUUGGCAGCGCUUUCUGCUUGGGGUCUUGAGCCAAAACAUAUGCGGGAGAUGUUCCCUCACUUGAUCAUCCUCUGGAUCACGACAUGGGGUUGUGAUGAGAUGGCCCGCCAAAAGGAGUUGACCUUCGGCCGGAAGGGAGGCCAAGAAGCACAUGCUUUCUGGGAGGCAAGUGGCCUGUGCCAGGCCUUCAACGGCAAUGCCAUGCCACCGGGCCUGAGCGAGUUGGCAGUGGCGCAACAUGCCCUGGGAGGCUUGGGCAUGGCUUUGCUACGCCAGCAGCGAACUGGAGCUGGGCAGCUCGUUCACAUCAGUCGCUACCAAGCGGGCCUCUACUGCCAAAGCAUUUCGAGCAUUGAGCCCGUUGCGCUGCUGGCAAGUCCGCUCCUCCAGACCUUGGACGGCCGCUUCCUCCGACUGCUUGGACGAGGGCAUCAGCCACACGAUGCGUGGGUCCUCCUUCAUGCUCUGGGCCGCCGAGAGGGCCUCAUGAAACGUGCUGGAAAUAUGGACGAGCUGCGUAAGGAGCUUGAGGGGUACACUUGGGAGGAUCUCCGAAAGCAUCAAGACGAGCUGCUGGCGUGUGCCAGGAACUGGAGCUUUCAGGACCUGGUCAAGGCCUUCCAGGAGAAGGGCAUUGACUGGAUUGUCGAGGAAAUGAGGCCAAUGGAUGCAGAGGCUCUGCACAGGUCCAGGUCACCACCACCGACAGCUGCCGGAACUCGUGUGAAGGAGAUACGUGUCAUCGGAGACAGCCGAGUGCUGAUUGCACCUGGCCUCGUCGAUGAGAUCCCUUCGAGACUGCACUCGGCCGGAUUGAAGCCAGCGGCACUGGUUAUUGUGAGUGAUAAGACCGUCGACAGUCACUACGGCGAUCGCUUGGUCAAGGCAUUCGACACCUUUGCCGCUCAAGGCGGAGACGGCGCCACCCGUGUUUUGAGGUAUGCCUUUCCAUCUGGUGAGUCGUCGAAGAAUCGUGAUACAAAGUCUGCCAUCGAGGACUACAUGCUGGCAAACAAGUGCACGCGGGACUCUGCAAUCCUUGCACUGGGUGGCGGUGUUGUGGGUGACCUCGCCGGCUUCACAGCCGCAACAUACAUGAGAGGUAUCCCUGUCGUUCAGGUUCCGACUUCAACUAUGGCGAUGAUUGACUCCAGCGUAGGAGGCAAGACGGCUCUGAACGUUCCUGCCGGGAAGAAUUUGGUCGGGGCCUUCCACCAGCCGAAGAUAAUCUUCGCAGAUCCAACUGUGCUUGGGACGCUGAGCCGCCGAGAAGUCGUAGAGGGCCUGGCAGAAGCAAUCAAGAUGGGUGUCAUUCGAGACGCGGAGCUGUUCCGAACCAUGGCCAAGAAUCCUGAGGCCAUCAUGUCAUUAAACACGCAGCUGUUACAGGACGUUCUGCACAAGGCAGUAGCCCACAAAGCCGAGAUCGUCGCCAUUGACGAAAAGGAGACGGGUCUUAGAGCGACCUUGAACUAUGGCCAUACAAUUGGUCAUGCCAUUGAAGCACUGGUAUCGCCAAAGAUGCUGCACGGAGAGUGUGUUGCAAUAGGGUGUGUGGCUGAGGCCGAACUUGCUCAUAAGAUGGGCCACCUUAGUGCUGAAGCCAUCCCGGAGAUUCGCAAAUGCUUCGAAGCCUACGGCCUUCCAGUGGUGCCCCCGCCAGGCCUCUCACUGGACAAGCUAAUGGAUAAAAUGGCUGUCGACAAGAAGAAUCAAGGAAAGACAAUUCGGUGUACUAUCAUUACAUCGGUUGGCACCAGCAUCGACCAUCCGCUCCCGGUCAAGCGCGAGCUGAUGGAGCUCGUGGUGGGUGAAAUGCUGAAGAACUCAGCUGUUCCCCCACAUGGUUGGCAACGUGCAGAGCAGGUGGAGGCCUUGCGGCAACGUCAGCAAGACGCUGCCGAGAAAGCCUUGGAGAUGGCCCAACGAGCCGUUGAGCUUCAGCGCGAUCUCUCCGAUUCGAAGGGCCACGCACAACGCGAGCUUCAGGAGCAGUUGGCCGAUCAAACAGAGCAGCAGCAGAAGAUGGAACUCCUCCGUGAGCAAUACCAGACAGGGGUGGCACCUAUCGUGGGUGUGACCGUUGACGGCGCGGAAGGACUUGAGAGCGACGGCAAAAGGGCCAACCUGGAUACGUACUGUGUCAUCGAGAUCGCAAACAAGCCGUACACCCGAUUACAAACAGGAGUGCUCAAGGGAGCGGAGCCAGCCUGGGACUUCACCGGCCUGCUCCAGAACUACGCUUUUGGAGACGUUCUGAAGUUUGCCGUGUACUGCAAG